AUGCUUGCUGUUCUUUUUGGUUUCGAGAAGUUCCACUAUUAUGUAUAUGGCAGACAUGUUGUUAUUCAUAGCGAUCACCAAGCUAUAUUUAAGAAGCAUCUUGCCAGCGCAACACCUCGCAUUUCACGAAUGAUGCUUAGAAUCCAGACGUAUGAUGUGCAAAUCAAGUACAGUAUGUACUUGGUAAGGACGUACCAGUAGCUGGUGCCCUAAUCUUGAAAAAGUUCCUGUCGUGGUGAUAUUCUUCCUGGUCUGGACGUGACCGUCGACGAAGUCCUCCUAAGUCUCAAUGUUAGUCCUACGAGAGUACCUCAGAUCCAAGAAGAAACCAUGAAGGACGUAACCUUGAGCGUUCUUUGCAAGAUUAUCUCAGAAUGAUGGCCGGGGAAAAGGUCAGAAUGUCCGGCAUACCUCUAUCCAUACUGGAACUAUCGGAACGAGUUGACUGUAUCAAAUGGUCUGAUAUUGAAAGGCUCGCGUAUCGUAAUGUACCGAUCAAUUCGAAACUUCAACAUCCCCCCCCCCCCCCCCCCCCGGGCAUAUCCUAGGGAUUUGACUUCAAGUCUUCUCCAGGGAAUAGGGAAUUUGACGUUCUAAGUCUUCCAUGUGGUGGGGUAUUUGAUAAGGGUGGGGAAUUUGAACCGCAAGUCUUGCCGGUUUUCGCGUGCUUCCUGCAUGCAGGCUACUAAUUAUUAAAACACUGCAGAAAAGACUUCGCAUUGGCGGCAGUAUUUGAACACUAAGGAACCCCUUGUGUCACAUGAUAUUCCUCCACGACCUUGGUAUACCCUGGGCUCAGUUAUCUUUCAUUGGAACAAUGCUGAUUAUCUGCUUGUCACUGAUUAUUAUAGCAAAUUCUCUGUCAUUCGCAAACUACCAAACUUCCAAUCAUCGACUGUUGUUGGCAAUCUCAAAGCUAUCUUCGAGGAACAUGGUAUUCCAAGCAAGAUGAUUUCCGACAAUGGCACACAGUAUACCUCAUCUACCUUUCAAGAAUUUAGUCGUGCGUAUGGUUUUACACACGUUACAUCAAGUCCUAUGUACCCUCAAUCUAAUGGUCCUAGUGAAAGAGCAGUACAGACGGUGAAACGAUUGUUGCAGAAAUGCAAGGAAUCUAACCUUGGUCCUCACUUAGCUAUGCUGUGCUUGCGAAGCACUCCCCUGAGUCACGAUCUUCCAUCACCUGAAGAACUAUUAAACUCCAGAAUCUACUAA